AUGAAUUCAUCUAUUGAGUCAACUGAACUGAAGGAAACAAAAGAUGAGGAAAAACGUUUUCCCUACAGAGAAGCAACUGGCUGCUUAAAUUAUAUUGCUACAGUGUCGAGACCAGAUAUCUCGUAUGCAGUGAGCAAACUUGCCCGAUAUUCCAAUGAUCCACAACAGCUUCACUGGAAGGCAGUGAAACGUGUUAUGAAGUAUCUCAAAGGUACGAUCGAUGUCUCAUUGUAUUUCCACAAAGAAUUAUCAGAUGAAUUGAUUGGAUAUUGCGAUUCCGACUACGCUGGUGAACUGAAAGAAAGAAGAUCCACGUCCGGAUAUGUUUUUCUUAUUCAUGGUGGACCGAUCGCUUGGUCAUCGAGUCUACAACGUAUUACAGCACUCUCCUCAUCGGAAGCGGAAUACAUGUCGAUCUCGGAUGCAUUAAAAGAACUUCUUUGGUUGAGAACACUUGUUAAAUCUCUUGGAAUAGAGCAAACAAAGUCAACAGAGUUGAAAGUGGACAAUCAAGCAGCUAUAGCAAUGUCAAGAAAUCCGGAGUUCCAUAAAAGAACCAAACAUAUUGCGGUUCGAUUUCAUCGCAUCAGACAGGAACAGGAAGCUGGGAAGGUUCAUGUCACAUAUGUAUCUUCAAGCAAUCAGGUAGCAGAUUUACUUACAAAACCUCUACCUUGGCCUACGAUUUCAAGAUGUCUUGGACAAAUGAGAAUGACGUCGGGAACAAGAGGAGGUGUUGGAGAUGAAUGUUCCUCGCCGUAG